AUGGUGGGAAAAGGAGGGGUGCAAGGCGGCAAGGCGCUUACAAGCCCCGAUCGUCUUCACAAGAUUGAUCAGCUCCGAGAGAAGAAUGUAGGGACGCACAUGCCUCUACCACAACUUGUGGUCGUUGGCGAUCAAAGUUCCGGCAAGUCAUCGCUUUUGGAAAGUCUGACUGGCAUUCCUUUCCCAAAUGGUCAGGGUCUUUGUACACGAUAUGCUACGCAGAUUACGCACCGUCGCGAUCGUGUGGAGGACAUCACCAUACGCAUUAUUCCUGGCCCUGACUCUACUGACGAAGACGUGGCUCGUUUGUCGGGUUAUCACCGCAGUGUGAAGAACACUGAUGAACUGCUUGUUCAGUUCGAGUCAAUUUUGAUCGAGGUUAAUGCUGCCAUGGGGAUCAAGACCAAGUUGAACCCGGAAGGCAAGAAGACUUUCAGCCAGGACGUGCUGAAGAUAGAAAAGUGUGGCCCUACAGAAGAUUAUCUGACCGUCAUCGAUGUUCCUGGAAUAUUUCGUAACACUGAAGAAGGUGUUACAACUGAGAGAGACAAGUCGCUUGUUCUUGACAUGGUCAAGGGCUACAUUGAGCAAGAAAGGACCAUCAUUCUCGCCGUUCUCCCAAGCACUGUCGAUAUCAUGACGCAAGAAAUUCUCAAUAUGUCCGAGAAAUAUGACAAAUCUGGAGAGCGAACACUGGGCGUACUUACCAAGCCUGAUUUGCUGACUGAACGCAGCACUAAAUCUGUGAUCUGUGACUUGGUCAAUGGGAAGAAAAGGCCACUUAACCUUGGUUACUAUGUUGUGAGAAACCGGGGUGCAGACGAGGACAGCAACGAUGGCCUAGCUUCGAAACGAAGGGAGGAGAUGUUCAAGGAAGAGCCUUGGUGCCAUCUUCCACCUGAGCGUGUCGGGAUAAUUGCGUUGCGGGAACGUUUGCAAGAGCUGUUGGGUCAAAUCACUGACCGAGCUUUUCCCAAGCUUCGCACAGAAGCCAAGAAAUUGCUCGCCGAUUGCAACAAGUCACUUGAGGCCCUCGGAUUUUCCAGACAAACGGAGCGUGAGCAACAGCAGUAUCUCUGUGAAGUUGCCGCACAGUUUCAAAGGACCGUACGAGAUGCUCUAGAGGCCAAUUAUUCGUCUCAAAGUGCGCUUGAAAACAAAGAGUUACGCCUCAUCACACGUGUCAUCAACAUGACAGACGAAUUCAACAUCGAAUUCACAAACUCCUCUCACUCCCAUUGUUUUCAGAAAGAAGACGGCGCUCAGUCAGCCCCGCAGACCAAGGAGCACCAGGAGUAUUCUAGCCAGGACCUCGAUCCCACAAAGUUCCCCGAGCUGAAUGAUAUAGUAGAUGUUGAUUUGGCUCCUACAGCUCCUCAAGGAGACAUCUUGAAAUGGAUCAAAUGCACAUACCGUGGAUCUCGUGGCGUUGAGCUGGGCACAUUUGGCCCUAGUCUUCUCUCUAGUGCAUUUCGAGAGCAGUCUACAAGCUGGGGCCCAUUGACCAAAGUUUAUCUUAGCAAAAUCAUUCUUGUAAUCCAUCGCUUCAUCCUGAGAGUUCUUGCACUGAGUUGCGCGGACACGAAGGUUCUUGAAGAGAUCAAGUCCUUCAUCACCUCUGAGCUUCUGGACCGGUACCAAGCUGGGAUGGAGCAGGCGAUGCUUCUUGUGAGCCUUGAGAGGGAUAAGAAACCGUACACGUUGAACAGCGCCUUCAAUACUGAACUUGAUGGAUCGCGAAGCCAGCGCGUCCUCAAUCCGCUUAAAAGGAAAGCCAGCAUUUUCAACAACGACGUCAAAUACGUGAAUCUCGAGGAAAUCAAGACCGUUGUAACAAAAAAAUCGAAUUUGCAGAACGCCCACGAAGACAUCCACGAUAUCCUGCAGUCAUACUACAAAGUUGCCCGAGAACGAUUCGUCGACAAUGUCUACCGUCAUGCAGUCGACCAUUGCUUGUUGACUGGGCCGAUGAGCCCCCUGUUGCUCUUUACGGAGAAAUGGGUUCUCAGUCUCGAUGAGGAGAAACUCAAUUGCAUCGCAGGAGAGUCCCGUUCGGUUCGAGAGAAGCGAGAAAAGCUAAGGAAGAAGGUCCAAGACCUCCAGAGUGCCUUGAAAAUUCUGCGUUAG